GUUUCGGAUGUCGAAAUAAUAAAAACACUACUUCCGCUCUUAACGCUGAACAAUGCGAUUGUAGAUGGCGCUUUGUGUUUGACUCCAUACAAGGAAUCCAUAAUGGAUGUGUUUUUGAUGAUUAGGCGGAGGAAGUGCACCAUGUUCACAGAUGCAAAGGAGUCUACCACAGUGCAUGAAGUAAAGAAAAUAAUAGAGGGUAUAUUAAAAACCAGACCAGAUGACCAGAAACUAUACAAAGAUGAUCAGCCCCUAGAUGACAAUAAAACACUUGGUGAUUAUGGAUUCACAUUUGCAACAGCACGAGCACAGGCACCGGCAACAAUUGGAUUGGCUUUCAAACAAGAGGAUGGAGAAUUUGAAGCCUUCGAGGUGACACCAUUGUCCAGUCCGCCAGAACUCCCAGAUGUCAUGAAGCCACAGGAUUCCACUUCAGCGCAUGCACAAGAACAAACAGCGUCCUAAUCCUUAGUCUUAAGCCGUAGAAACAUGUUUAUGUACAAUUCUUACUAAUUAGCCACUACACUCACGUGAAACAAAUACGGAAGAAAAUUGAAAAAAAAUCUUGUCUAAAUACCGUUAUGUGUUGGAGAUGGAGUACGGUAUAAUCCUGGACAUAUCCUAUCAACUUCAAUGCUGCCUACUCAUCUUAGAAUGGUCGAAAGAAUAUUGUUCCUCAUGUAGUUUUGUUUUUCUUUAUUGAUUAAAAUUUAGUUUUAACAGUGCCACAGAAUACAGUGUAUGUUAAUAGUAUCUUAUUGUCUGCGAUAUUACAUCACUUUCCAUUCAAUGUUGGCUACGGUCGCAAAGCAGGUGUGCAAAACGUGUGUGCAUGUGUGUGUGGUGGCCUUCUAAAGACCACUGGUAUCGGAUGAAUGAGACCUAGUUAAUUUUAAGGUAACCAUUCAGAAAAAAACACAAAUACAUUGGUUAAGUGUAACAUUUUCUUUGUCGAUGCAUAUUCUACAUUUGGUUCUCCCCCCAAAAAUAGAUUAAUUCAGAUUAUUAACAAAUUGGAAAUAAGGUAUAUUGCACGUACAAUGAUGUUUAAAUACAACAAUAAUCUAACAAACUAGAAUUUAAAAAAAAAACAUACUCAUAGCCUGUAAGUUUUGAAUAGUCCACCUCUGGUCCUUCUAGGGAAAGCCACAAGUUACUACCUGGAAUAACCCUUUAAUAUGAGAUAAAGAAUAUUUAUGGCAAGGUACAGAACCAAUAGGCUUUAUGAAGGAGGCUAAGUGAAUAUAAUAAGAAUAUAUAUAUAUCUGUUAUGUGUAUAUGUGUACAGUUUUGUUUUUAAUGAUUUACACCAUGUUGUGGACUUGUGAUAUCUUGAAUAAUCUCUGUAUUUCACAUUAUAAAAGUUAACAGGGUUAAACUCAUUUAAAUGCACAAAGCAAGAGUAGUCCUUAUAUAGUGUUUGUUUAAUUGUGAUUUGAAAGGUUUUUUUAAGAUCUUUAUAUAGUACAAAAUUCCAUCUCGGUCAGAUACAAAAACUCCAUGAUGGUUGAUUUUUUUUUUACUCCUGUGAUUUUUUUUUACUUCCAAAAAAUAUGAUGCAUUUAAACUGCCAUAACUUAAGUAGUUCAAAUUUUAAACAUGAAAGAAAAAUUAAAAAAAACACAAUGUGUGGAUAUGAAGGCAUUAGGGUUUGUACUUUGGCAUAAUAUAUCGAUAAAAUGCUGUUCUGAGUGUAUCAAAACCAGCAUUUCUGUCUUGCAAGAAAGAGAGUUACUAGGUUUUGAACAAAUACUGCAGCUUCAGGUGAGUUUGAAAUUCUAGCAAUGCUGAUUUAAAAAAAGUUGUCGAGUAAAGUUUUCUCAACUUUGAUUUUUCGUGUUGAUGCCGGAAAGUAAAAUUAAUCUUUACACAUCUUCUCAUGUUGAUAUUGGAACAAAUUGUACAAAUGUUCUUUUUAUAAUGUAUUCAACAUUUCAUUUCAUGUUGCCUGCAACUGGAGACAUUAACGGUUUGCCAGUUUGAGAAAGACUUGUUUUCCCAUUUUUACAAUAUUGAAAUACUUGCAAUCAUUUUGCAUGUUACUGUUGAUAUCCAUUCAAGCAGGAAGUCUUGCGCCUGUAGCAGUGUCAAAAUCAUCUCCAAUAAAUAUUUAUGUCCUAUUUUCCAUCAUUUUCUUCUUCCUUUUAAAUUAUGUCCAAUCAUUUCCUUGUUUUGUUAACAUGGCAGUUUUCAUAAUGAAAAACGAACUCCGCAAGUAAUUCUUUGAUACGGAAGCCAAAUGGUUUUUUUUUUUUUUUUUGCUACCUUUCUAUUGUAUUGGAUUGAAAGAUCAAAAUCAAUUAAAAUAUCGAAGUAUUGAU